CCUAUAAAAGCCUUGCCCUAAAUGCCAAUGGACAUCAGUUCCUUGCCAGCCAGCAACCAUGAAGUACCACCGUGUGAUGAACAAACGAAAGAGCAACCAGACCCCAUCGCCAGCCAGGGAAUCCGAAGUGAAUAUCCACAAACAGGAUUUUGAUGGCCGCAUCUCGUAUGGUGCUUUGGAAAUGGAGGCUGCUGCCGCUCUGCUCAUGUUGCGCUAUCAGUACGAUAGGCAGUCGGUGCCAAUGCCCUCCACCGCUGUAACACGUUCGCCCACACCGCCGCAGCAUAUCGCCGACAAAUUGACGCCCAAGGAUCAGGCUGUGCGCACUCCCGACUCUGCUCAGCCUAUCAAGAAGCGUUCUAUUCCCAACCAUCUGCUGAGACGCUCUUUGACUCCAGCCAAAUCUACUACCAAUGCAGGAGGAUCAUCAUCGAUAGUGAAAGCCAAGUCCCGAUUGACGCCUGUGCCCCGCCGUAGUGAAAAUGACUGCAAUAAAGUUCUGCUCAAGUCCUGCCGCAAUAUGAUACGCGAGUUUUUGGACAAUCAGGAACUUAUCUAG